AUGCCUCAACACAAGCGCGGCCCGUGGUCGCAACAAGAAGACCAGAUGCUCCUCCACCUGGUCAAUGUCCAUGGAGCUCACAACUGGGUUCGCAUAUCCACCGCCAUCCAGACCAGGUCGCCCAAGCAAUGCCGGGAGCGCUAUCAUCAAAACCUGAAGCCGAAUCUCAACCACGACCCAAUUAGUCCGGAGGAAGGCCUCAUGAUCGAGCAGAUGGUCGCCGAGAUGGGGAAGCGAUGGGCGGAGAUCGCGCGGAGACUGCGAGGGCGAAGUGACAACGCCGUCAAGAACUGGUGGAACGGAGGUAUGAACCGACGCCGACGCAACAACCAGCAACGCCGUGCCGAGUUCGAGGUUCGCCAGCCGGCUCCACACCAACAGCACCACCAGCUCCAGCAGCACCAUCAGCAUCAGCAGCACCACCACCUGCACCAUCACCACCACCCGCAGAUGCAGCACAUGCCUCAGCAGAUUCCUCAACAGCCUCUUCCACCAGCUUUCCAACACCACCAAAUGAUGCCGCAGCAGUACUUUGCCCAGAUGUACAGCCACCAACAUCCACAUGUCCCUCAACACAUCCAGGUCCCUCCCAGCCACAUGGCUGCCUUCGGAAGAAUGAUGGAGACACCGCUUCCCUCACCGUCCGCCUUUUCUCAAAUGUCUGCGAACGACGCACCGUCGCUCAUCUCGGACUGUGGCUCAUCAAUAUCUGCCAGAUCACCACACAACGGACCUUCUCCUAUCGAGUUGCCUCCUCUCGCAGGAGCCAGAGAGGAGCGUCGCCGCUCCUCCGCACCCAUGCUCCGCCUUGGCGUCCCGGGAUCAUUCGUCCAGGACACCGACUUCUCCACCAUGCAUGGAAUGCAGAUGCACGGUUAUGAGGAUAUGCGCAAAGCGUCGCCAAUGCUUCAAGAGCCAUUCAUGCCGCAACAAUCGCUUCCAACUCCCACUGCUUAUCUGCCGUCCCAACCACGACAGCCGUCUCCAUUGCAUCAGCAGCAUCAGGUGCCGCAGGGAUACGCCAUGCCAGUGCAACAAGUUCCGCGCCGGCAUCCAGGCUACCCGAUGCCGCCAACCCCGGUCCCAUCUACUCCAGCGAACGAGCAGCUUCCAAGCCUCGCGAAGAAGAUACCUUCGAAUGAGAAGCCUACCAUCAACAUCGAGCCUGGCCUCGCCACGCCGAUCACGUCGGCACCAGUGCUGGACGAUUCGCCCAAGGACAAGAUGAGCCUGUCCAACCUGACCCACUAG